AUGCCGUGUAGAGCGCGUCAAUUAGACUACCACCCCGCACCCCCCGGGGUCAACACGUGGCCACUUUCCUCGGCCGUUACCCCCUCCAUUCCCCCUCCCUCAAGCCACUUAGACCACCCACGGCCCAGCGGGGUUCCGCGCAGUGGGACGCGGGACGCGCACACUCGGAGGGUCAAGGGGCUCAUCCUUGGAUUGAUCGGGCAAUGUAGCUAG